AUGUAUCCGUUUCGAGUUUCUGCUUCCGAGCAGAAAGGCGUCACUCUCCACAGUUCACACGCGCUCGGUGGGGUGGAGCCGACGACGAUUUCUGACUCUUCUUCGCCGGGUCGGUUCAGCUUUCCUUCUCAAGUGGAUGUCUAUCAAGCGUCUCCAGCCUGUCGCUCUGUGGGAGGCGCGCCUGCCCUGAGUCUGGCUUCCCUGAGCUCCGAAGCCUCUUCUCGGCAGGCGGAGACACAACACCCUGAUGAGUUGAAUCCACCCUCUUUCUCUCUUACCGGUGGUUCGGCUGUCUCUCUUUCGGAGACUAGCACGCUGAAAGGGAUAGACACUUUGAAAGGAGACAUUUUUCGGCGUUUUCGACUUCCCCGGGACGAAGACGAUGUCGACAGCGAGGCCUUAUGUGGCGACCUGCGCGAGGGUCCCGGCUUCUCGCCGUCGCAGCUGCUCGGCGAACCGCGGUCGCCCCGACAAGACAGAGAAAUGGACGAUGACGACAUUCGCCCCCCGCAAAGACUGAAUGCCUCUGAGGAGUUACUUCGGUUUUCUAGUUGGCCCACGGGGCGUAGAGAAGAUGACGAGUCUGUCCCUCGGGAGAUGGUCGAGGAUGAUGUCGAGGACUCUUCGCCUCUCUCCUGUACCGCUGCCUCGCGGCUGUCUGCGGCCUCGUCUCUUGCAACUGCUUCGUCUGCGUCUCCCGAGCUGCCGAGGCCCGGCGACGCCGAGCCUGCCUCCACGCAGAGCCUCGAGUGUGGAGCGAAGAAGUUCGGGACCGGAACAGGCCGAGGAAGAAAGCGAGCGGCGCUGAGGGAUGAAUCGUGGCGGAACGGAAACGCAUGUGAAGGAGGGAAACCGGACGUGGACGCUGGAAUUGAAACGCUGUCGAGACUCCUUGCGAAGAAAUGCAGGUUGAACAGCAGCUCCCGCGAAACAGAGCCGGACUUCCUUGGCUUUAAGCCGAUAGCGGGGACGUCAUCAGUGUUGGGAUCGCCUCUCUGCGGGUCCGCAGUGGCAGCAGUGACCAACAGCGGAGGCCGAGAAGAAGGUACGUUGCCAGGCAUGCAGGCCGGAGUCUUCGAGCGCAUCCUGGGCAGUGUCUCUUCAGAGUUGUUCGGCACUGGGGUCAGCAAGCCUCCGGAGCCCAACGCGCCCGACGUUCUCACGCCGAGCGGAUCCGAGUGGCCCGGAGACACCAACCAAGGCCCUGAAGACAGACCGGCGGGAACGAAGGAUGCGCAGAUGAGCCAAGACGGCGAUUCGGACCGAAGGCCAAAGGCAGAGCUGCCGGCCGCCUUGGACGAAGAGCCGAACUUUUUCAGCGCAUGCAAGGGUAGCGGCGACUUGACUGAGGAGAUGGGGAAGUCUGAACCGUUCAGGGACUUUUAUCGAAGGCGGAAGUCGUCGUGCUCCACGUCGUUCUCGGCGGAUCCGGCAUCGCCUAUAGAGCGGUCAGGCUCCCGACCGUUUCUCGCCUCCAGUUCGAUUUCUUGCCGCCUUUCGUCCUGCUCCUUUUCUGCGUCUCUGCACAGCGGCGCAGACAGAGCGCAUGCCCUCAGGUUGCCUGUGAACUCCACAGAGCUCGAGCGUGUGUCGGAGCGAAAGAGACGUUUUUCGCAGCCCGUCGAUGCCGGCGAAGCAUCACCGGUGUCUCCGAGGGCCCUCAGCGGCCAAUGCCGCAGGGGCAUGGACCUUUCCGGAGCAGACGACCUUCCUGAGCAUGGAGGUGACGCGAGAAGCAGGGACGAGAGGGAAGACCGGGGUCGGAGACCAGGUCGUCUUUAUCAUUGCGAGCGACGCCCACUGCCAACGGAGAAGCAGAAGCGAAUGCGCAUGCAGGAGCUCCUGGCGAUCACUCGGUCCCCGCCUUCGCGCAUCGCAGCCUCUCCACCCGCGUUUUCUGAUCCGACGCGCCCAGAGAGAGGCGCAGCGGCGGUCUAUCGAUCGGUGGAUUUGGGGGCUCUCCGCACUCGUACGUGGACGCCGCCCAUGUGCCUCACGGCGGUCAGCGAGCGAUGUCCAGAGCGUUGGUCGAGAGCAGAUCCUGAGGGGCGUAGCGGAAGCUCGCGAGCGGUGCAGGUGGGCCGCGCGUCCCGUGUGUCUGUUGCUUCUCGCCGCCGCAGAGAAGAAGAACGAGACUUGGGUUCUGUCUCGGAGGCCGCGUCGCCGCAGGUCGAGUCACACGACAGCCGCUAUGUGGUGACCGUCGAAGACUCCGAGCAGUUUCUUCCUCCGUUCGCAUCCUCCCUCGGCCGUGGACAGAGCGGCUCGGUAUACUCGUUCUCCUCUUUUUCGGUGACCUCGUCCUGCCUGUCGGACUCGUCUUCGAUUCUCAGUGGGGAGACGUUCGCCCCUGGACUUGCGCCGUCGAGUGCAGGAAGCGGCAGCGGGGAAGGUUGCGCCUCUUUCGCCUCCUUCGGAUUCUCAGAGGGCUCCGGCCCCGGGUGGCUCUCUGGCGCCGGCCUGAGCUCCCCAACUUGGACGGGAAUCACGGGAUCGACGAACGCGUCGCCGCCUGUGUCUCCAAAUCUCCUUGCUUCUUCGCUCACGUUGCCCCUCGGAAUGGCCACCGCUCCUCCGCCUCCAACGUUCUGCGCUGCUCAUCUCGACGCAGCUUCUACUCCUUCGGGAGCGCCAAGGAAUUUUGAGCUGGACGGAGCGCCAGAGUCUGGAACCGAGGGUGGCUCUUCGCGUCGCACCUCGCCCUGCCAUGUUGCUCGCGCGUCCUCCGCUCAAGCUCCCAGGGGGGCUCUACGAGUCUCGUCUUUCUCGCCGUCAUCGUCUCCUUCGUUUGCGACUGCGUUUUCUGCUUCUCUGCAGACGACGGGGGUACGUCGUCCGCUUCUUGUGACGCGGGGAGCACCUGAUGUCUCGGGAGGCCGUGCGAACUGUAUAGACACCGCAGGUUGCGGGCUUCCUGUUGAGUCGGCGCCCGCGAGCUUCGCGCGGCGCAUGCGUCCGCGGUUCUGCGAGACAGACGACUCUGGAGACUCGAGAACUCCGGGCCAAACGGAGGCGAGAGUCAUCGACUAUGUGGCGGCCAACCGCCUGCUGCGGGAGGCGCAGUUCGAAUAA